AUGUUUCCCACGAACGUGUUCGAUUCUCAUCAGCAGCACAUGAUGCUUGAUAUGUCAUCGUCUCACAAUGAGAGUGAUUUGGGAAUAAGGACCGGAGAUGAUGAGUUCUUUGACAUUAAAUCUGCUACUGAGAUCGUCAUGGAAGCUCCAUCCGGUGAUGAUGAGCAAGAUCCCAACCAACGACCCAAGAAGAAGGGUUACCAUCGCCACACACAGCACCAGAUACAAGAAAUGGAAGCGUUCUUCAAGCAGUGUCCACACCCAGAUGACAAGCAAAGAAAGGAGCUGAGCCGUGAGCUGGGAUUAGAGCCAUUGCAAGUAAAGUUUUGGUUCCAAAACAAGCGGACACAGAUGAAGGCACAACAUGAGAGGCACGAGAACGCUAUAUUAAAGGCUGAGAAUGAGAAGCUUCGUGCCGAGAACAGCAGAUACAAGGAGGCCCUAAGCAAUGCUACUUGCCCCAACUGUGGAGGACCUGCUGCCCUUGGUGAAAUGUCCUUUGACGAGCAGCACCUCCGGAUUGAGAACGCUCGUCUCAAACAAGAGAUUGAUAGGAUUUCGGGAAUAGCGGAGAAAUAUGUUGGGAAGCCAGUGACUUCCUCUCACAAUAGCAAUCACAUGGCUCCACAUUCUCGCUCGCUUGAUCUUGGAGUUGGUAGCUAUGGUGGAGGAUCACAGUCCUCAGCCGGCGGCAUGGUUGGAGAGAUGUAUGGCGGCAGUGAGCUUCUGAGGCCGUUCCCAGUUCCUUGUGAUUCGGACAAACCCAGGAUUGUGGAGCUUGCUGUGGCAGCUAUGGAGGAACUAACAAGACUAGCUCAGGUUGGAGAUCCUUUGUGGGUCCAAAGCAACCAGCACUGUACUGAGAUUCUAAACGAAGAUGAAUACUUGAGGACCUUCCCGCCUAGAGUUAUAGGCCCAAAAGCGUUGGGCUUGAGAUCUGAAUCCUCAAGAGAAUCCGCGGUGAUUAUCAUGAAUCACACUAAACUGGUUGAGAUACUAAUGGAUGUGAAUCAAUGGUCAACAAUGUUCUGUGGUAUUGUGUCAAGAGCGUUGACACUUGAAGUGCUUUCAACCGGAGUGGCAGGAAACUAUAACGGAGCGUUGCAAGUGAUGUCGGCUGAGUUCCAGGUGGCAUCGCCUCUUGUUCCAAGCAGAGAGAACUAUUUCGUAAGGUACUGCAAGGAACAUUCGGAUGGGAGAUGGACAGUGGUAGAUGUGUCGUUGGAGAAUGAGAGCAGAAGCCGAAGAAGCAGCCGAAGAAGGCCCUCUGGCUGCUUAAUUGAAGAACUCCCAAACGGCUACUCCAAGGUGACAUGGAUUGAGCAUGUAGAAGUGGAUGACAGAGGCGUGCAUACACUCUACAAGCCAUUGGUGAAGUGCGGGCUGGCCUUUGGAGCUAAGAGGUGGAUGGCGACGUUAGAGAGACAAUGCGAACGUGUUGCGAGUUACAUAGGAGGAGGAGCAGGGGAGCUGUGUGGUACGAGUGCGGAGGGAAGGAGGAGCAUGCUGAAGUUGGCAGAGAGAAUGGUGAUGAGCUUCUGCACUGGAGUGGGAGCUUCCACGGCACAUGCAUGGACCACUCUGUCGUCGGAUAUGGAUGAUGUGAGGGUUAUGACGAGGAAGAGCAUGGACGACCCUGGCAGACCCCCUGGCAUUGUCCUCUGCGCUGCCACUUCCUUCUCCCUCCCUGUUCCUCCCAACACUCUCUUUCAUUUCCUCAGAGAUCAGAACUCCCGAAGCCAGUGGGAUAUCCUCUCCAACCGAGGCCUUGUUCAAGAAAUCACACACAUAGCAAGCUCUGCCAACGUGCUUUCUCUGCUUCGCGUCAAUAGUGUGAAUUCGAGCCAAAGCAACAUGCUGAUACUUCAGGAGAGUUGUACAGACUGCAGUGGAUCCUAUGUGGUAUAUGCACCCGUGGACAUGGCUGCCAUGAAUAUAAUUCUUAGUGGCGGGGAUCCAGAUUACCUGGCCCUGCUUCCCUCGGGUUUUGCGAUUCUUCCUGAUGGCCUUGCUGCAUCUUCUGGAGGGUCUCUCCUCACGGUUGCGUUUCAGAUCUUGGUUGACUCCGCCCCAACCGCCAAGCUAUCCCUGGGUUCAGUCGCCACUGUUAACACUUUAAUUAAGUGCACCGUUGAAAGAAUCAAAGCUGCUGUCAUUUCUGACACUACCUCAUUUCACAACCUUGCUUCCUAG